AUGUCUUUGGAAAGAGAAGAACCAAAUUAUUUUGGAGCAGGUCCAGCUUUAUUGCCCACGAAGGUUCUUCAGCAAGCAGCAAAAGACUUGAUUGAUUAUCAAGGCAUUGGACUAGGAAUCGGAGAGAUUUCGCACCGUUCUGGCGAUGCAACAGACGUCAUUGAAAGUGCGAAGGCCAAUUUGCGCAAGCUCAUGAACAUACCUGCGACUCACGAAGUUUUCUUCAUGCAAGGUGGUGGUACUACUGGGUUCUCGUCCUUGGCCACCAAUUUGACAGCUGCGCACGUUGGGAGGACUGGAUCAAAAGGUACGGCUGGAUACCUAAUAACUGGCUCUUGGUCUGCGAAAGCUCUGGAGGAAGCAGAGAGACUUGGUGUCGACUGUGAAGCCUUGUUCAAUGCCAAAGAUUUCAAUAACGGUAAGUUCGGGGCUAUUCCACCCGAAUCCGCGUGGGCUGACAAGAUCAAAUCUAAGGACUACUCUUACGUCUAUUUGUGUGAAAAUGAAACCGUUCACGGUGUGGAAUGGCCUCAGCUGCCAAAAGCGUUGACAGAAUCAAGCAUUGAGAUCGUAGCCGAUUUGUCCAGUGAUAUUCUCUCGCGCGAGAUCGACGUUUCCAAGUACGGUGUUAUCAUGGCUGGCGCUCAAAAGAACAUUGGCCUUGCCGGUCUCACUCUAUACAUUGUCAAGAAAUCCAUCUUGCAAGAUAUCUCUGCUGCGCCCUUAGACCAGCUACGCAAGUUAGGCGUUCCGAUAACACCUGUGGCAUUUGAAUACCCAACGGUUGUAAAAAACAACUCUGCAUACAAUACUAUUCCUAUCUUCACUCUUCACGUAAUUGAUUUGGUCUUGCGCCACAUCUUAGAGAAAGGCGGAAUACCAGCUCAACAAAAGGAGAACGAACUCAAAGCCCAACUGUUGUACGAGACAUUGGACAAAUACCCAGACUUUUUCAACCUUCCAGUCGCUAAGGAUUGCAGAUCAAAGAUGAAUGUUGUUUUCACUUUAAAAAAAGAAGGUCUCGACAAGGACUUUUUGCAAGGUGCUGCCGACCGCAAAUUGACCGGUUUGAAAGGUCACAGAUCUGUGGGUGGCUUCAGAGCUUCUAUCUACAAUGCUGUCUCGAUCGAUAGUACGAAGCUUCUCGUGCAAUAUAUCGAGGACUUUGCUUCGAAGAAUGCCUAG